CCGACUGGGGAGGGGGGUUGAUACGCCGAAGCUGAAAUCGAGAGGCGAACCCAGGAAAGAGGAGUAUUUUGUACACGGGACUUUCCCCCCCUUCGUCCCCAAAAAGGAGGGGGAAAAGUCAAAUUUUAUGAAGAUAAACGAAAAAUAUCUUUCGGAAAGAGGCAAAGACGAUUAUCUCUGUGGAUAUAUAUUUUUUAAUUCGUAAAAAAUAUGGCCGAGAACGUUCUGGACUCUGGCCCGCCUUCAGCCAAGAGGCCUAAACUAUCCUCUCCGGCACUUUCUGUCUCCGCCAGCGAUGGAAACGAUUUUGGCUCUCUCUUCGACCUGGAACACGACCUCCCGGACGAGCUCAUCAGCUCCUCGGAACUGGGCCUGGCCAAUGGCGGCGAUCUCAACCAGCUGCACACCAGCCUGGGGGGCCUCGGCGGUGGCCCCAGCUCCGCCAUGGGGGGGCUGGUGGGCAUGGGACCCGGACCUGGACCCGGCGGCCCUCAGGACGCCGCGGCCAAGCACAAGCAGCUGUCCGAGCUCCUGCGCUCCGGGGGGCAACAGCAGGGGCCCGGGGCCAAUAACAACGGCGGCGCCAACCAGGCCGGCGGGCCAGGACCAGGGGGCAGCAUGGGGCUGCCCGGCCUGGCCAGCGUGAAGAUGUCGCCGGGCGGGCACCAGGGAAUGGGACCCCAGUCGCAGCAGCACAUGUCCCCGCAACAGCAAGCCAGUCUCAUGCAGCAGCAGCAGCAGCAGCAGAUGGCUGGCAUGGUGGGGGGCAUGAACAGGGGCAUGAUGGGUACCCAGAAGGGUGCGGGACAGCAGCAAGGCAUGGGGCCCCAGCAGGGCAUGGGGGGCCAGGUCUUAAACGGUUCCCCCAGGAUGGGCUACCCGAAUCAGGGGAUGGGCAGCAACAGCAACCUGCUGGCUGAGACUUUACAGCAGCAACAGGGAGGAGGAGUGGCUGGCCAGAACGCACUGAGAGCACAGCAACCUGGAGCACUGAACAAGAUGGGCAUGAUGGGUAACGCGGGCCCUUAUGGGGGCCCCUAUGGCCAGGCUGGGGGCCAGGGUCUGGGUGGAGCUGGGCUGGCCCCGCAGCUCCAGAACAAGGCCGGCAUGUCCAACAGUCUCGCCCAGUUCAGCAUGGACAAGAAGCCCCAGCCCGGCAUGCAAGGGAUGGGCGCCAUGCCAUCCCAGCCGUCGGCAGCAGGUGGCGUGCCCGCAUCAGGCCCAGGGGCGGCGGGCAUGUUGCCCAACGCUCAGGGAGGUGGCAUGGGCGUUUCCGGGGCGGGUGGUCCCGGCGGCGUCACAGGGGCACCGCCCGGCGUGAGCGGGGUGCCAGGGGUCGUCGGAGGCGGCGUCGGAGUGCCCCCUACUGCCGACCCGGAGAAGCGCAAGCUCAUCCAGCAGCAGCUUGUGCUCCUGCUGCACGCGCACAAGUGCCAGCGGCGCGAGCAGGCCAACGGCGAGAUGCGGCCCUGCAACCUGCCCCACUGCCGCACCAUGAAGAACGUCCUCAACCACAUGACGCACUGCCAGGCCGGCAAGACCUGCCAGGUGGCGCACUGUGCCUCGUCCAGACAGAUCAUCUCCCACUGGAAGAACUGCACUCGGCACGACUGCCCCGUCUGUCUGCCGCUCAAGAACGCUGGAGACAAGAGGAAUCAGCAGUGUGAGUCUCUGGUAAACUCUGCAGGGGUGGGCUUGGCCAAUGCCCUGGGCUCGGUGCCUGGAGGUCAGCCCAGCGCGCCCAGCCUCAACACGCCGGGCCAGAUCGACCCCAGCUCCAUCGAGAGGGCCUACCGCGCCCUGGGCCUCACCUACCAAGGCAACCAGGUGCCCUCUCAGCCCAACCAGUCUGCGUCCAGAUCCCUCAACGCAAUUGGAGGGACCCCGGUGAACGGAGCGGUGGGCAGCCAGGACGCUAACCAGGGCAACCCACUGGACACCAUGAUGCACCUCAACAUGGGCUCCCCCAGCAUGAUGGGUGACAGCAGCACUAUGCCGACAGCCAAUCCGGCCUCCACGGGGGGCAUGAGGAAGAGCUGGCACGAGGACAUCACCCAGGACCUGCGAAACCACCUCGUACACAAGCUUGUCCAGGCCAUCUUCCCGACGCCAGACCCUGCUGCCCUGAAGGACCGGCGGAUGGAGAACCUGGUGGCGUACGCGCGGAAGGUGGAGGGGGACAUGUAUGAGUCUGCCAACAGCAGGGCGGAGUACUACCACCUCCUGGCUGAGAAGAUCUACAAGAUCCAGAAGGAGCUGGAAGAGAAGCGGCGUACACGUAUCGCCAAGGGCAUGAUCGGAGGCCAGAUCGGGGCGCAGCCCGGCAUGGGGGCCCCCGGGGGACUGCCGCAAGGGCCCCCAGUCAUGGGCCAGCCCAACGCACCAACCGGCAUGCCCCCUAACGGGCCAUUGUCUGCACCUAACACGAUGGUGAACCGCAUGCAGAACCCUGCAGGAAUGCCCCCCUUCAACCAGAUGGGCAUGGGCCCUAGGACUGCUCAGGCCCAUCCCCUUGGCUCACCCAUGAACCAGCAGCUGGGAAUGGGAGGAGCCAGGAUGCCUCAGCCUAACGUGGCCCAGAUGCAGAACCAGUACAUGAAUGCGGUGCCGGGCCAGUUCCCUGGCAGCGGGCCAAGCCUGGGCAACGUCAGUGUCAACAUGGGCCAGCCUGCCACGCAACCUGGCAUGGCCCAGCAGCCCCAGAUGUCCACUCCUCCCUCCAUGCCCGUCAGCAGCCCCCUGGGCCAGCCCGGCUCGGCAGGCGGCGGGCCCCCCAGUGGAGGCUCCUCCAUGGGCUCCAUGAUGCCCGGCGGCCUGGGCACAGGGCCUGGCAGUGGGGGACCUCCCUCCGUCUCCUCCUCCUCCACCCCACCCCACCCACAGCAGCAGCAGCCUCCGCUCUCCAUGCCGCACUGCCCCCCGCCCGUCCGCCAGAACUCCCCGUCUCCGGCCCGCAGUCGCAGUCCCACUCCACACCUCACCCCCCCUCAGGGCCUCUCAGGGUCCCAGACGCCCCAGCCCCACACCCCCGGCCUGCCCUCCCAGCUCCCGGGCUCGGUCACCCCCCAGCACCAGUCCAUGUCCCAGAGUCCUGGCCCCGGGUCCAACAAGACCCCUCAGAUGCGCCAGCAGCAGGGGAUGGUGGGGGGUCCAGGAUCGGUGGGGACCGGUACCCCCCAGUGCACGCUGUCCACCCCCAACGCUGGGCACGGGCCCCAGCUGCCCCGGACACCGCUGUCCCAAAAGGGUUCGAUGCACCUGGACGGGCAGGUAGCCACGCCGGCCUCCGUCAGCAGCACGGACGCCUCGUCACAGCAGGCCGCCUGUGACGGCACCUCCUCCUCCACACCGAACGCAAACGCCACCGCCGCCCCUUCCGGCCUGAGCACAAAGAUGGAGGUGAAGACGCAGGAUGAGGACGAAGACGACGAGGAUGACGAGUCCAGCACGGGAGGCCGCAUCGGCAAACUCAGCAACAUCAAGACAGAGGAGAAGCCAGACAUAAAGAAAGAGGAGACAUCUUGCGAUGGCGGCAAGGGCAGCGCUAUGGAAACGUCGUCUAACGGGGAGGACAAAAAGGAGGUUAAGAAGGAGGUUAAGAAGGAACCCAAAGAAGAGGAGGACAAGAAACCCGCCACCACGGCAACCAGCGCCUCCCCCGCUGGCCCACAGAGUAAAAAGAAGAGCAUGGUCUUCAAACCGGAGGAGCUACGGCAAGCCCUCAUGCCCACACUGGAGGCCCUGUACCGUCAGGACCCAGAGUCCCUGCCCUUUCGGCAGCCCGUGGACCCGCAGCUGUUGGGCAUUCCUGACUACUUUGACAUUGUGAAGAACCCCAUUGACCUGUCCACCAUAAAGCGCAAGCUGGACACAGGGCAGUACCAGGAGCCCUGGCAGUACGUGGACGACAUCUGGCUGAUGUUCAACAACGCCUGGCUCUACAACCGCAAGACGUCGCGCGUCUACAAAUACUGCUCCAAGCUGGCCGAGGUCUUCGAGUCGGAGAUCGACCCGGUCAUGCAGGGGAUGGGCUACUGCUGCGGGAGAAAGUUUGAGUUCUCUCCCCAAACUCUCUGCUGCUAUGGCAAGCAGCUGUGCACUAUACCAAGAGAUGCUGCUUACUUCAGUUACCAGAACAGGUACCACUUCUGCGAGAAGUGCUUCAACGAGAUCCAGGGCGAGAGCGUGUCCCUUGGGGAUGACCCCACCCAGCCGCAGACGUCCAUCAAUAAAGACCAGUUUGAGAAGAAGAAGAAUGACACGCUGGAUCCUGAAAUGUUUUCAACAUGUACGGAUUGUGGCCGUAAGAUGCAUACAAUCUGCGUUUUGCACCACGACACGAUUUGGCCUUCAGGAUUUGUAUGUAACGGCUGCCUGAAGAAAGCCAACAAGAACAGGAAGGAGAAUAAGUACGCGGCCAAAAGGCUUCCGCAGACAAAGCUGGGUAGCUACCUGGAGACGCGGGUGAACGACUACCUGAGGCGGCAGUCGCACCCCGAGUCGGGCGACGUCACCAUCCGGGUGGUGCACGUCUCCGACAAGGUCGUGGAGGUCAAACCGGGGAUGAAGUCAAGGUUUGUGGACAAUGGUGAGAUGGCGGAGUCCUUUCCUUACCGGUCCAAAGCGCUGUUUGCCUUCGAGGAUAUCGGUGGGGCUGACGUCUGCUUCUUUGGCAUGCACGUACAAGAGUACGGCUCCGACUGUCCGCAGCCCAAUCAGAGGCGGGUGUACAUAUCCUACCUGGACAGUGUCCACUUCUUCCAGCCCCGCGUCCUCAGGACGGCGGUCUACCACGAGAUCCUCCUGGGCUACCUGGAGUACGCCAGGAAGUUGGGGUAUACCCAGGGGCACAUCUGGGCCUGCCCACCCAGCGAAGGGGACGACUACAUCUUCCACUGUCACCCAAUGGACCAGAAGAUCCCCAAGCCCAAGAGACUGCAGGAGUGGUACAAGAAGAUGCUGGACAAGGCCGUGUCCGAGCGCAUCGUCCACGACUUCAAGGACAUCUUCAAGCAGGCGACGGAGGACCGCCUGACCAGUGCCAAAGAGCUGCCCUACUUCGAGGGGGACUUUUGGCCCAACGUCCUGGAGGAGAGUAUCAAGGAGCUGGAGCAGGAGGAGGAGGAGAGGAAGAGGGAGGAGAACAGCACUUCCAACGAGAGCGUUGAUGCCACGAAAGGCGACAGCAAGAACGCCAAAAAGAAGAACAACAAGAAGACGAGCAAGAACAAGAGCAGUCUGAGCCGAGCCAACAAGAAGAAGCCGGGCAUUCCCAACGUCUCCAACGACCUCUCCCAGAAGCUCUACGCCACCAUGGAGAAGCACAAAGAGGUGUUCUUUGUGAUCCGUCUGAGCGCCGUCGCCAUGGCCAACACGCUGCCGCCCAUCUCGGACCCGGACCCGCUGAUGGCGUGCGACCUGAUGGACGGGCGCGACGCCUUCCUGACACUUGCGCGUGACAAGCACCUGGAGUUCAGCUCGCUGCGACGCUCCAAGUGGAGCUCCAUGUGCAUGCUGGUGGAGCUGCACAACCAGAGCCAGGACCGCUUCGUCUACACCUGCAACGAGUGCAAGCACCACGUCGAGACGCGAUACCACUGCACCGAAUGCGAGGACUACGACCUGUGCAUCAACUGCUACAGCAGCAAGGGCCACGAGCACAAGAUGGAGAAGCUGGGCCUGGGCCUGGACGACGAGAGCAACAACGCGGCGGCGGCCGCCUCCACGCAGAACCCCGGCGAUUCGCGCCGCCUCAGCAUCCAGCGCUGCAUCCAGUCCCUGGUGCAUGCCUGCCAGUGCCGCAACGCCAACUGCUCGCUGCCCUCGUGCCAGAAGAUGAAGCGCGUGGUGCAGCACACCAAGGCCUGCAAGCGCAAGACCAACGGCGGCUGCCCCAUCUGCAAGCAGCUGAUCGCCCUGUGCUGCUACCACGCCAAGCACUGCCAGGAGAACAAGUGCCCCGUGCCCUUCUGCCUCAACAUCAAGCACAAGCUGCGCCAGCAGCAGCUGCAGCACCGCCUGCAGCAGGCGCAGAUGCUGCGCCGGCGCAUGGCCAGCAUGCAGCAGCGCACGGGCCAGAUGACGGCCGGCGCCGGGCCGGAGUCCGAAGACGGCUCGGGCGGCGGGGGCGGAAUCGGAGCGCCGGGGACACCGACGCCCAGCACGCAGCCCCCCACGCCCCAGACACCCACGGGGCAGAGCCUGACCCCGGGGCCGCCCAUGGGCAUGGGAGGGGGCGGUACGCCCGGAGGUGGGGGUGGGGGUACACCGCAGCCACAGAUGCAGCCGCAGCAGCAGGGCAUGCAGCAACAGCAACAACAGCCGGGGAUGCCCCAGCACCAUCCGGGCAUGGGGGGCUUCCAGCAGAUGCAAGGGCCCGGCGGCAUGAUGAGCUCCCCGCAGCACCAACAGCAGAUGAUGAUGCAGCAGCAGCAGCAACAGCAGCAGCAGCAGCAGAAUCAGGCGGGAAUGCAGCAGAUGCAGCAGCAGCAACACCCCAACAGCCUGCCCAUGUACGGCGCCCGCCCCCCAGGUCAGGUCUCCGCGGGAAAGCCAGGCAUGGUGGUGGGUCAGCCGGGCAUGCAGCCCCAGCAGCCUAACAUGGGCCAGCAGCAACCGCAGCAGCCGCAACAGGGGCCUCCGCAAGCGGCCCUGGAAACCGCGCUGAAGAUCCAACGCGUGGCGGAGACGCAGAGGCAGCUGGCCAUGAGGCAGGCCAACCCAGGCAGCAUGAUGCCCGGACCACACAACCACCACCAGGCCGGGCAGCCUGGGCAGGGGCAGAUGGGGAUGGGUCACCCGGGCGCCGGCAUGGUCGGGCAGGGGAUGCCACCCCAGGUGGCGGCGGCGGCGGCAGCGGCAGCAGCACGGGCACAGAUGGAGCAGCAGCAGCAACAGGUGGGUGGUGGUAUGGCGCCUCAGCCGGGCGGCCCCCAGGGCCAGCUCCCUCCCCAGAUGAUGCAGCAGCAGCAGCAGCAGCCGGGCGUCCCCGGCCAGCAGCCGCAGCAGUGGGGCAGCCCCGGCGGCAUGGCCCCCCAGCAGAGGCCUGGCAUGAUGGGACCCAUGAGCCACGCCGCCAUGCUGGCAGCCCGACAGCAGCAGCAGCAGCAACAGAUGGCGUCUCAGCAGCAGCAGCAGCAGCAGCCGGGCCAGCCGGGUCCUAUGGGCGGCAUGGCUAUGGGAGGACCUGGGGGUCCGACGGGAGGUGUACCAGGCGGUCCGGGAGGUGUCGCGGGCCCGGGAGGCGUCGCGGGGCCAGGCGGACUCCCACAGGGGGCGCUGCAGGACCUCCUCCGCACCCUGCGCUCGCCGAGCUCUCCUUUACAACAGCAGCAGGUGCUGAACAUCUUGCGCUCCAACCCGCAGCUCAUGGCGACCUUCAUCAAGCAGCGGGCGCCGCGGUACCUUCAGGGCCGAGGAGGGGGCCCCGUGGGCCCUGGGGGCCAGCCUGGCAUGCCAGGAGCGCCAGGAGCACCAGGAGGUCCGGCCGUCAUGGAUGGGCAGCAGAUGAACCCGGCGGCCAACCCGGGAGGCCCUCAGCCGGGCAUGCACAUGGGCCAGGCGCCGGGAGGCAUGGGAGCCAUGAGUGGUGCCACUUUACAACAACAGCAGCAGCAGCAGCUCCAGCAAAGGCCGAUGCUGGCUGGCAACAUGCAACAGCAGCAAAUGGCAGCUCUCCAGCAACAGCAGCAGCAGGCUGGAGGUAUGCCCGGCCAAGGACAGGGCCCCGGGCCUGGCAUGUCGAACAUCAACCCCCAGUUCCGCGAGCUGCUGCUCAGAAGACAACUGAUGCAGCAACAACAACAACAACAGCAGCAACAGCAACAGCAACAGCAGCAGCAGCAGAUGGGCAACCAUGCCCAGUUCCAGCAGCAGCAAGGCGUAUACCCCAACCAGCCCGGACAGCCCCAGCCUGGAUCCCUCCAGCAGCAACAGCAAGGAGCCCCAGGUGGACAGCAGCAAGGCGGCUACGGGGGCAUGUCCCACCAACAGGUGGCAGCAGCUCUGCAGCAGCGGUUACAGCAGCAGCAGCAGCAGCACCAGCUGCAGAUGCAGCAACAGCAGCAGCAGCAGCAGCAGAACGCCAUGGUAGGCCUCCAGGGGCCUGAUGGUAGUGGGGGAACGGUAGGAGGACCCGGUGGAGCUGGAGGUGGUCCUCAGUCUCAAGUCCAGCAGCAGCAGGGUGGUCCACAGCAGCCAGGGGGUCCCCAGCAGCAGCAAGCCAUGCACCUCCAGUCCAGCCUGAUACAGCAGAGGCUCCAGCAGCACCUGGGAGGAGGGUCGCCGGCGCAGCAUAGCAAUCCCAUGAGCCCCCAGCAACAGCAGCAGAUGGGCCAGUCGCCCCACCUGCAGAGCCAGCAGCAGCAGCAGCUGGCCACGUCGCUAAGCAACCAGGUGCGCUCUCCGCAGCAGCCGUCGCCGCGGCCGCAGUCGCAGCCCGGAGCGCCGUCGCAGCAGCAGCCCCACUCCAGCCCGUCCCCGCGCAUGCAGCCGCAGCCCUCGCCCCACCGCAUUUCCCCGCAGACACAGACGGGGUCGCCGCACCCAGGCCACCUACCCCCACCCCAGCAGCAGCACCACAACCCCGGGGGCAUGGUGCCACCAUCGCACCCUUCCCAGUCCAAUCAGCAGCAGCCCAACGCCACCUCCAUGGACCAAGUGCAGUUCGGCUCGGAUCAGAACGCCAUGCUGUCUCAGCUAGGCAGCAUGGGCGGUCUGCACGGGCCCGGGGUUAAUGACGUGUUGACGGGCAACAACCAGGAUCUGGGGACUAAUAUGAAUCAUAAUGGCUUAGACAUUAUGUAGCAUUUUUUUUCCCUCUUUCGUGCGUUCUUUCUAUCCCAAAUUUGCCUGGAGUCUGCCCACCAUUUUGGAGAAACGGGAGGGUUGAGAAGGGGAGGGGGGUGCAGAGUUAUUUUUUUCCCUAUCAUUAUUAUUUAAUAUUUUUCUGAUAUAAAUGAAAAAAACUGAACUUCCUAUGGGAGAUGCUUCAUUAAAAAUACACAAGUCGACAAAUUAAUUAAAUAAAUGAAUGGUAAGUUAUUGCUGUUAAUAUAUAUUUUUGCCAAUUGUGUUCAAAUGGGGGUGUGGUUGAAAUGGGGGUUGGGCAAUAUCCUUCCUGAGUAUAUGACACAAUUAACUAUUUUUGGGGGGUGGGGGGGGGGUCAAGGACAAAAGAAAACGUCUGCCUUUUUUUACAAAUAUUUUUUAAAAUUUUAAAAAGUGGCGUACAAAAAUUAAAGAGCAACGUUAGUUGAACAUAAUAGCUUUGAGUUUUUCCGCUCCAUGAAGCAGUCUUGAUUGUAUUGAAUUUUUUUGCGUUUUCACCUGCAGUUACUUUUUAAAAAAAUGAUAUUACUCAUCGGUCUAAAUAUCAAAGUUAUUUCCAUUACACUUUUUGUGUUUUUUGACUGUUUAUAGCAUAUGUAGUUUGAGACUGCUUUACAAUUUACAAAGAAUAUAUUUUUGUUAAGGACCGACAAAUAAGGCAAGAAUAACAAUGAGUUCGUCUUCAUUUAACAAGAUUUUUUUCCUGCUUUUUUUUUUGUUUCUCCCAUGAGGGGUGCGGGGCUUAUCUAAAAAAACUUUUUCCGAUAGUGUUGCUAGGGAACUGAUGGCUGGGUUGUUGCCAGGAUGCGAGGGGAAACACCCAUGGUCCUGCGUGUGUCGUGGCACUCAAAACACCCUCUCCCAUGAAUGUGUGCUCCUCCUCUCUUUCCCCCCUUUUUUUUCUUUUUCUCAUCACCCAUUUUCCUCGAACCACGAAAUCACUGCUGACACUAUUUGUGCACUGCAGACUUUGGCUUUUGGCUUUAGUGGAGGCUCAAUCACAGGACACGUAUUGUCGUCUACCAAGGAGAUGCAGAGAAGGAAGGAAGGAAAGAAAUGAAUAUACAGUAUAUAUUUUUUUCUUCAGGAGAGGAGAAGAGGGCUUUGCAAGGAAUAAGGGUUGGGGGGUGGUAAGGAUUUGUUUCUUAUUUUUUUCCCUUUCUCCCUCCAUUGCUCUGUUUGUGUCCGUUGUUUUGUUUUCCAUUUUUACUGACUAUGCUCUCCACUCGCACCCCCACCCCCCUCUCCUCCUCCUCCUCCUCCUCCUCCUCCAGGGAGGCAAUGCUCAAACUUCUCUCGUUUUCUCCUGUGUGCUGAGUUUAUGGGAUUUUAAUUUAAUAAUUUUUACUGUACAAAGAAAAAGGCAAACUGUGGACUUUAAAUAAUUAAAUACUGUUUUUUUGUUGUUUUGUAAUAAAAUGUAAAUUGAUAAAACAAAAAAUUUGUACAGACUUUCAAACUGAUGGGUAGGCAAAGAAAACUAACGAUUUUCUAACAGCAUUUUUUUUUCUUCUUCCCCCUCUCCUGUUUCAUGCUGGUAUAGGAGCAGCCUAAUCAUUACUAUACGGGCAGCUCAAGAGGGGGAAACGUUGAGGGGGGUAUUGUGGUUGUUUCUCCUGAAACAAGAAGUGUGGAGAGCGAGCGAGAGAGGGAGGAUGAGUGUUGGGUGCAGUGGAGGUUCUGCCCUCAGCUGCACUAGCACCAAUGCGCCUUUUGCUGUGCACUAUUUCAGCACUUGAAUUGAUUGGUGCAUGUCCAGUGCUCUUUGUCUCUCACCAUAGAAGAUCUUGAGCUUCUCUUUCUCUUUCACAUUCACACACAGACACAAAUACACACAUUUACAGAAAGAAAGACGUGUUGACAUGCUAUUGUGGAGACCCACAGUGUAUUUCAGGAAUAAGAUGGACUGCUUACUAUUAAUAGAAAUUGAAAAAAAAAGAAAAAGAAAUUGGUUGAUUUAGUAUUUUUCUGUAAGAGUUGGUGUAGGGGGUCGGGAAAUAACCACAGCAGAAAUCCAAUGGCAAUAUGCCUUGAGACUUAUUUUAUAAGAAAAAACACGGAGAAAAAAAUAACUCGUCUUUUAUAUAUAGAUAUAUUAUUUAAUUUUAUUUUUUUGAAAGUUAAAAAAAAACACUUGAAGCUACAUAAAAAUUGAUAAAUUAAAUGAAUCUUUUCUUCUUCUGUCUUCUCUCUUUCCUCUUUUUUCAAAGAUGUAUUGUGGAUGCAAGGUGGCACUGGCGCAUACAGUACAAUAUUAGCCCGGUUUGGGGCCCAGCUGGGUAUAAUAUCAUGCCAUUUGAAGAAAUGUCUUAUACGUACAUAUAUUAAAAAAAUAUAUAGAUACUGAAUCACUGUACAAACCAUGGCAACUGAACAGUUUUUUUUGGUUUGUUUUUGUUUUCCCUCCUUCAUUUCUUUUUGUUUUUUUUUGUUAAUUGUUUUUUUCAAAAGGAGAGACUGGAAAAAGACCAUGAGCUAUUUGUUUAGUGUUCAAAAAUUUUGACCACUUUUUGUUUUUAUUUUUUAUCCCCUCCACCCCUUGUUGACACACGAUGGUGCUUGCUGAACAGAAGCAAAAAAAGAUAAGAAAAAGAACUAGUGAACUGUCGCUCCAGUGUCAGUAGUUUAUCCUUUUAUAAGUUAUUUUGGUGGUCAGAUUUCUUUGCCAAUUAUUUAAUUGUACAUUAAAGUAUGUUUGUACCAUUGGAAAAUA